AUGUUUGAGAAGGACGAGAUACUCCCACUUGAUGAGGCCAGGUCCCAAAAGAUAAAGGAGUUCCUGAGCCUCUCCCUCGGGCUGAUCACCGAAUCCAUCGAAAAGAAAGAAUAUGACUCCAUAGCGAGGUCUGUUUCGGUCCUGAAUAUGCAACUGGGACUGACGGAACUCGAGGAGAUAUUAGAGGACCGCAUAGUGGACUUUUACACCGAGCAUCGGCUACUUCAGGAUGCCAUGGCCAUCUACGAGCCUGCCAUGAUUCAUGCACUCGUGGACCGUGUCUCAAAACUCCGCGAAAAAUACUACGACCCUGACACGCAGGCGGUCGACCCCUCGUCACCAGACUUCGAUCUCAUCAACCUCUUGAACAUGCAGUCUCUGAUCAUGAUGAGACGUAGCCGGCGCCUGUAUGAGAAGAUUGCCGGCUCCUACAAUCGUCUCAUCGCCGUGGACCUUACUCUGGAUGACUUCGAGACUAUAGUUCAUCGCUACAGGGAUGGCCUGAUGUUACUGAAGAGCAUCAACCUCGAGAUGGUGUACUUUGUCCCCUACUGCAAGCAUUUCGAGAACAUCACGAUCUUUGUGAAAGAGUUUGGCACUGGCCUAACGAACAUCAAUGAGAAGUACAAGAGCGCCUAUAGAUUCCUGGUACAGGCGCGGAACUACCAGCGGAAGAUUCGGCGGGUCAGCCUUGACUCUCUGAUCGACGGUAUGAGAAAGAAGUGCGAGUCCAUGGGCAACAAGCGGCAGGGUCUCGCUUAA